GCCCCUCCUUCCUUCUUUACAUCCACCAAGGAGGCGUUGGUGACCUCACGGUCAUGUCUGCGAUGCCCUGGGACCCACAGGCGCCAGGGAGGGCGGCCCCUCUUUGCAGAGCACCCCCUACAGGUGGGGAAGUCAAGACGGAGUGGGCGUGUCCACGGUGCAGUGCCCCCUCUGCUUCACAGGGGCAGCUGGAGGCCUGGGCCUGACGGUGAGCAAAGAUCGUAGACUUUGGACAUUUCCUUUUGCUUGCACAACCCGCACCCUUUCCAUCAUUUCCCAGGAGUUGAUUAUCCCCCCAACUAAAGUGCAUUUUCUUUGGAAACAUUUUCAAUACUCUGAAAUAACUGGAAGCCUCUCGUCUUGCUAAACCUUAGUUGGAAAUCAUUAAAUUAGGACUGUGACACGGAAAGGACAGGAAGUGAAGUUGGUGAAAGGAAGUGGCCAGGCCUCCCUUGUGAUCAGACACAGGGACCCCCCCAACACACACACGCAGAGGCCAUCCCCGCUGCAGUCCCCCCACUGUGCCCCACACCGUCACAAUUCCCCAGCCUGCUGCUGGUGCCAGGAACAGGGCCCCAUACAUGGUGGGCUCCCGUUAACUGGUUAUUUGAAGGUGAGUGAAGGGAAGGAAUGACCGAAUUAAGUGGAUUUGUGCCACUGCAAAUAAAACAAAGAGCUGUCCCAUAAAGAUGAAAGCCUGCAGACCCGGUGGGACUUUGCUCUGGAUUCUGGCCACUUGACCUGGUGCCCCAUGGCAGCCACAUGCAUGCUGAGCACAGGGUGCCAGUGGUGGCCUGGCGGGUGUGGAGGGCCCACACCAGCAGUGGUGACUCACUUUCCCUGCUCUGAAGAUAAAGGAAUUUGAAAUAUUUACUGUCUUUACAGUAGUGUUGGUUACACAGAAAAUAACAUCCCUCAGCUACUUGGAGUUUCUUAAAAAGGAAAAUAAGAAACUCGCUAAGAAAAUGUUGCACGGUUACUUGGGCAAAUGCUGACUGUCCAGUAGAGAGCCUCGGCUGCAGGCUUCCUGGCAGGAGCCACUUCCGAGAAGCGUGGAAUGACCCUGUCUUUUGCCCCUGAAUUAUCUGGGGUGGUAAAGGGCCGGCCCACGGCUUUCUAUGGGUUUGCGGCAAAAAUAACUCUUCCAGUCACUCACCACGAGCCUGCUCAGGGAGGAAACAUCUCAGACUGUCCCAAUCAGGAAGGCGUGGGGCUGCCAUGCUGGGGUGCCUACUUGCUGAGCUAAGCCCUAGAUAUUUAAUUAACAGAAGUGAAAGGAAGACAAACCUCUGGGCCCCUGAAAGGGUUAUUGUGCCCUAGACUUGCCAUAAAAAUUCUAUUGGCUGUUCCCUGGCGCGGCCAAAGAAUAGCAGAAUGCCUCUCUCUCCAUUCCGUGCACCUGUGGGAGCUGAAUGGCGGUAAGGCACGCUCUGCGCUUCCUGAGCCAAGAUGGAGCAGCAGGACGCAAUCAGACAGGAAGGCAAGCUGACACCCGUGCUCGCCCUAGCAACCCUGAUAGCUGCGUUUGGGUCGUCCUUCCAGUACGGGUACAAUGUGGCUGUAAUUAACUCCCCUGCCGAGCUCAUGAAGGAUUUUUAUAAUGAGACCUACUCUUCUCGAACCCAUGAGUACUUGAGCGAGUUUUCCUUGACAUGGCUGUGGUCUCUUUCCGUGUCCAUGUUCCCCUUCGGAGGCUUCCUCGGAUCCCUCAUGGUCGGGCCCUUGGUGAAUAAACUUGGCAGAAAGGGGACCCUGCUGUUCAACAACAUCUUCUCCAUAGUGCCUGCGAUCUUAAUGGGGUGCAGUGACAUCGCCAGGUCGUUUGAAAUGAUCAUUGUGUCCAGACUUUUGGUGGGAAUUUGUGCAGGUCUGUCUUCCAACGUCGUUCCCAUGUACUUAGGGGAGCUGGCCCCUAAAAACAUGAGGGGGGCCUUGGGAGUGGUGCCCCAGCUCCUCAUCACCAUCGGCAUCCUCGUGGCCCAGAUCUUUGGCCUUCGGAGCCUCCUCGCAAACAAAGAAGGCUGGCCGGUGCUCCUGGGGCUCACGGGCAUCCCCGCAGCGCUGCAGCUCCUCCUCCUGCCCUUCUUCCCGGAGAGCCCCAGGUACCUGCUGACUCAGAGGAAAGACCCAGGAGCUGCCCGGCGCUCGCUGCGGAGGCUGCGGGGCUGGGACCACGUGGACGCCGAGAUGGGGGAGAUCGAGCAGGAGGCCGAGGCCGAGAGGGCCGCGGGCGUCGUCUCCGUGCCGAAGCUGCUCCGCGUGAGGUCCCUGCGGUGGCAGGUCCUCUCCGUCAUCGUCCUCAUGGGCGGCCAGCAGCUGUCGGGGGUGAACGCGAUCUACUACUACGCAGACCAGAUCUACCUGAAGGCUGGGGUGGGGAGACAAGAUGUCCAGUACGCGACGGUGGGCACGGGGGCCGUCAACGUGCUGAUGACCUGCUGCGCUGUGUUCGUGGUGGAGCUCCUGGGGAGGAGAGCCCUGCUCCUCCUGGGCUUCUCCGUCUGCUUCAUCGCCUGCUGUGUGCUGACCGCCGCCCUGGCCCUGCAGGACAUGGUAACUGGGAUGUCCUAUGUCAGCAUUACCUGUGUCAUUGCCUACGUCAUAGGACACGCCCUGGGGCCCAGCCCCAUCCCCGCACUGCUCAUCACCGAGAUCUUCCUGCAGUCCUCCCGGCCAGCCGCCUACAUGGUGGGGGGCAGCGUCCACUGGCUCUCCAACUUCGCCGUGGGCUUGGUCUUCCCAUUCAUUCAGGUGGGCCUCGGGGCUUACAGCUUCAUCAUUUUUGCCGCGAUAUGCCUUCUUACCACCAUCUACACCUUCCUGGUGGUCCCUGAGACCAAGGGCAAGACCUUCAUGGAGAUCAAUCAUAUCUUCACCAAGAGGAACAAGGUGUCGGAUGUGGACCCAGUAAAGGAGGAGCUGAAGGACUAUCCGCCCACCGCGCUGGGGCAGUGACCCAAGAGCAGGAGCCUGCUGAGCAGGUCUGCAUGGAGCUGCCCUGCUGGGAUUCUUCCUGGCCAGCAGUUGUCUGUGAAUAUCCAGAACUAGGACACGUCCAGUGUGGAAAGCAGGCCCCGCUGGGACUGGCCGAAGCACCUCUGUGCAGUUCUGAAAGCCAGGCUGUGUCUCUCCAGACUGUCACACCGGCGGCCCCGAGUCACCGCGAGAACUGCUGCUCAACCACACUGGGUCCACCACUGCGUGGCUCCUGGUAACACCAGCUCUAACAAUGAACAUCAUUACUAAGGUGGCGAGAUGGAAGGAAUCAAAUUUGGUCAGAGAAACAAACUCCUCUCCAAUCUCACGGGUCUUCAGACGGAGACCACAGACCUGUGUUCCGAGUAGAAUUAGUCCUCUUGUCAGAGCCGUCUCCAGAAAGGCCAGCCUUGGAAAGUGUGAUGCCACAAAGAAUGAUGUCCAGGAAGCUGGGGAAAAGGUCCUGAGUCAGGGAUGAUUGAUCCUAAAUUACAUUGUUAGAAGAUAGUGGAGUUGCCUCUGUAUACGCAUUAAAACAAGUAUGAUCACUUUUUAACAACAUGCGCUGCUUUUCUGUGUGCAGGUGGAAGGCAGGGGGCAUUCCCUGCUCAUUCAAGAAGUUUACUGCCAGGCUGUCAGCCCCUUGAGGGCAUGGGUGGGGCCAGUGUUUUUCAUCCUGGGAUCCCAGUCCCCCUGCCUAGAGCAGGGCCUGGCCUGGAGCAGGCACACAGACAAUAUUUGCUGAAAGAAGGGGAAGAGUGAGGGGUGAGGUGGCUGCAAAGUUGUGAUUUUUAACAAUUAAGAUUGGGGAAGCCUCUGCACAGUGAACCCUGAGGUACACAGUGAACGCUGAGGGCUCCUGGGGUGGAGAGUCCUGGGUCCCUCUCCAUCUAUAGCCAAGCUACAGGCUCUUUUUAGACUUGUGUGUGCAUGAAAAGGGUGUGUGCAAAAGGGUAAAGAAGACUUUGAGGCAUGGGAAAGGGGAGGCUGCCUGCUGAGGAGUCUCUGGCAGGAUGGGAAUUCUCCUCCUGCAAGUUUGGGAGACAGAGGCCAGGGACCAGGCAAAACAGAGGGGAGAGUGGUAGCCGCUGUUGUCAGGGUGGAACGGGCAUUCCACAGGUGAUGAAUUAGAGGAUCUGCAAGAGUAAGAAGGCCCAGACAAGUAAACAUUACAAUCCACCAUUGAACUAUCCUUGACCUUCUGCAGCAGGGACCUGCAGUGUGAAGGGGACACAGAAAACAGCCACAGAUGGAACCUGUCAAGGCUAAGAAGUGGGAAGGCUGGAAUGUCAGAAGUCAAGGGACUGCGGUGUUUGGUCUGAAAGUGAAGCCAGGAAGGUGUGGGACACUGACUGAGAGCCUUUGGGUCCUCGUGAGCCAAACUGAUCUGAACUUUGCCCGCAAGAGGAGCGCACGGGAUGUGCAAAAAGAUGUCUAGAAGGAGCUUGGCCAUAGGGCUCUGCAGCUUAGGAGAGCUGGGAUGUAGAUUUGGGGAAACAACACAUAUUUGCUGAGCACCUACUGUGUUCCAGGCACUGGGCUUCAGCAAUGAAGAAAACCGUGUGGAGUGGGAGGUAUGAUAAAGGAAAAUAGAAUAGCAUAAGGGGUGACAGAUGGGGGCCUGUUGUUUUUGAGGGAAGGACAGGAGGGCCUUCCAGAAUGAGGGAGAGAGCCUGUCAGGAGGGAAGCUACCCAAGCAUGGGCUUGGCCCAGGGGAGAGCAGGUGCAGACGUCUCGAGGUGAGGGGCCUGGUCCUGUCCAGGAAGUGAGGAGAGGCCGGUGGAGCUACGGCAGAAAGGGGAGAGGAAGAUCGGGCUGUGCGGUCUUGGUGGGCCACCGGGGAUUUGGGAUUUCACUCCAGCUGUGACGGCAAGCCACUGGCUGACUUGAGCCAGGGUGUCUGAGUCUGAUUUGCAACAGGAAGAGCCCUUCCAGCUCUCUAGAGAAGACAGAUCCUCUCCAAAAGACCCACAAACAGGUUAAAGCCCCAAGUCCGCCUAAGAUUGCCCUGGGCUAAAGACUGGGUGGACAAAAGGUGAGUGGUGAAGUACCAUCAAGUAAGGGACACAGGUGCCACCAAAGACCCAGCUGCCAGCUCUGCCAUUUGCUGGGAGGUGUCCAUCAGUUCCAGGACUCGGUGACCUCAAGGAGAGCAGUUAGAAGAGAAUGAGGGCAGAAGGGAGACCUCCAGGGAGAGGGUGACAGCAAGGCAGAGAUGAAGUUUUAUAACCAAAAUGUAUUCUUAUUUCCUCCUUCCUCCCCUCACAGUUCCUGUUUGAGUAUGUGUUUUAUCCCAUAACAUGUACAUGUAUAGAACUUGCAAAAAAUAAACGUACAUAUAUUGGCA